ACAAUACUUCAUUGAAAUGCAGUCAGAAAGGAUGGCAAUGAUUUAUUAUUUUAUUAUCUUUUUUUCCUUUCCAAGCCCUCCCUUUUCAUAUUUUUUUAUUGUUAUUAUUUAAUAAGUUCCAGGCAGAGAUAUAAUCUGGAGACCAAAUUCUGAGGAAUGGGUCCUCUCCAGAGCUUAUGGCUUCCUAAUGGAGACUAAUUUCUCUGCCAGUUAGAAAUCUACUUGCACGGUGCAGUUUGGAUGUUGUUUGCAGUUUGCAUGCAUUUCCAGCAUAAACCUCACUGAGAACGUUACGGGGAAUGAGGCACUUCUGUCACGAGAAUGCGUUUCCUUUAUAUUGUCAGCUGAAUUUAGAUUAUGCUGAGUGAUGGUGAACUUUAUAUUUUUAUUGGUUUUUCUAUUAGCCAAGUGUGAUAGAGAAGAAGCUGCAGGAAGGAGAAUCUGCUGGCACUUUGGUUACUUCUCAUCAAAUCAUUAUCCAGAAAAGUAUUCCAUCAUCCCUAGAGGUUAUUUUUAACUCAUUUGAUUUUAAACUACAUCAUUUGCUUAGUUAAAUACAGAAGUUACAGUCUUAAAGUCAAAUAACUUGAUGCUGAUUGCAUAGUCAAAGCAAAUCACAUAGCACAUUUGCAUCAGGAGGAAAAAAGAUGCUGCAAUUAAGUUUCAUUCAGAAUUUUUAGUAGUAUGCUUAGUUUAUACAGUUUGCUGUGUUGUGCUUCUCCAUUUAAACAAUCCUGAAGGGUGUUGAUGUUCUAAUGAAAACAAGGAAAUUCAGUGCAGGCUACAUACGGAAGAGUACUAUUCUAAAACAUCAUUAACAGUGUGUUUGUAACAACUAGGGUACAGUUGAAUGGGCUUAUUUGCCCUGUUUUUGUAAUUUGGUUUUGACUGUAGCUUUGUUAACCACUGCAAUACGUGAUUUUUAACCCUAAGUUGAUUCCAAUCACCACUAUAAUUAUGUUCUGACAUGCUAUUUUGCUUCAAGCAAAUACAGAAAUAGUGUGGCAAAAGUAAUAUUUUUGGGUCCGUGUUAUAUGGACCUCUGAAGAUAGAGAAUAUGCAAAGACAUCAUAUUUUGCCUAAGGUGAUUCUGUUUAUUUGCUUGAUAACUGCUCUAAGAGGUACAAUGCUAGAAGUUACUAUAUGCUUUGAGAAGAAGCAACGUGAUUUCUUAAAAGUCUUCAUAAUUUAGUUCUCGUGAAGUACAGAUAAACCUGCAGAUAUUCUAAUUUAGCUUUUAUAUCUCAAAUAUAGGGCACUGAGGAUUGGGUUAUUAUAGACAAAAUACCCUCUGAGGUAGUUGAUGGUGAAUCGGAAAAAAAUCUGGCAUACAAAGUAGUGACUGUGAGCAGUAAAACUGCCUUUCCACCUGAGAUAUUAAAAUCCAGUACCAUUCUAAUGCAGAGCUUUGAGGACUUGGAAAGUGAAAUACAAUCCAAUGAGGAGAAUAAGCAGAAAAUGUUCACCCUAGGAAAGUCCUAUGAUACCGUAUCUGGGAAAAUUGUAACCAUGACAAGUAAAGCUAAAGAGGGCGAGAAAGCGGUACAGCCUUCAGGAGAAACUUUGCAAAAACUGGAAAGGGAAGUUCAAGAAUCUGUGAAAAUCGUUCCAAUAGUGGCCAAGUAUGAAGUCCUCAAGCCUGUCACUGAUGAGAAAGCCAGGCGGGGAUCUGAUGUGCAGAGCACAAGAAGAAAGCUGUCUGACUCUCUGACACCUAUAAAGGAAGCAGAAUCUCAGUUGCAAAGUCCUGAAGAGGAGAAUUUGAAAAAGACACUAAGGAUGGACCAGGAUUUGCAGUUACUUGGUACACUGGAAAGCGUACAGCUUGGCAAAGCAGAAAAGCAUCCUGGCGGAGAAGCUGUAAAAGCAGGGGCAUUUGCCCGGACAGAUAAGAGCCUGUCUGAGUGGAGAUAUUCCAGAGAACAGCCAUUUACCAUUGCUACUGCUCACUAUGUUACUGAGUCGUCUGCAUCAAGAGUAGUGGUAACAAGUGGCUUUGACUUCACGCCACGAUUUAAAGAUAAAAGCAUGACUUCUUUUAGGCAAUCCCUUCACACCACCCUAGCUUUUGGUUCUCUUGCUGCCUGGCUUUAUGUUGACAGCAGCCAACCUGGCUUAUUUUUUUUCUCUCAUACUUUGAAUCCGUCUCACAGUCUGAAGCAGACAUUAUAUAAGGCUUUCAACCUUUCUGGUUUAUGUACUGAAAUUCAGUAUUGCUGCUGUGGCUUGUUAAUAAAAGGAAAAAAAAAAGGUUUGCUUGAACCAGCAAAACGCCAAUGCUAACAACUAUGCUUUGUAACUAUUGCUUACUACAGCCAUUAUGAAUUCGCUCUGAUUUAUUUUCCCAUUCUUUUCCUGUUUCCAACCUCUCCGUGCCCCUGCAACCUUCUCUCCUUUUCCUUCUUCUCUGCCUCUGGUUUUGGCAAUUAAUAUGAAUGUGCAUAUGAGUCUCUCUUUU